CGCGUCGUCCAGUCUCUUGGUGGAGGACCUGCUGGACAGGGCUGGACUGGACGACGGGUGCACGUGGCACCGACGUGGCACACAGCAUGGCGGCCACCUUGCUCGCUGCUGCGCCUGCUGCGGCACGUCUAGAGGACGGUGGCGUACCGGGCUGAGCGGAGCGGCACGCCGUCAGCGCGCCGUCAGCGCGCCAUGGACACGGGGGUGGCCCUGGAGGCCGCGGAGUCGGUCCGCGACCACCACGACUACGCCAAGCGGCACCGCGACGACGCCACCGGGGAGUGCACCUCGCCGCCACCCCCCGUCAAGAAGGGCAGGCUGCUGAGGGACCCUGAAGGCGGCACCUACAUCUCGGCCAGGUCGCGGGCACGGAAAGAGCCGCUGCCCAUGAAGCUGCGCGCACUGCCCGCGUCCUUCUGGGAGCAGCCGAACCACAACAAGGGCCCGUCUCCAGGCACCAUCUUCUCCGCGCUGCCGCCUCUCUGCAAAGAGGAGGCCGUGGUCUCCCCCUCGGCGUCGACGUUUUCGCCACGCACUCGAGACGCGGACACGGACUGUACCGACGGGGCCGGCGAGGGCGGCGAGGGCGGCGAAGGCCACGCGGAAGGGGCAGGGCCGGGUGCGCUGGUCUCGCACUCCGCCGCCGACACCGACCUCCUCUUCAGCCUGUUCCGGUCCGUGGAGGCCAAGGAGGCCAAGGGGACGGAGCGGCCAGGACGCACGCGGACUCGGGGCAGGUGGUCACUCAAACUGUCACUGUGUUAUUGACCGGCGACUGCCUGCUGCUUGCUGCUGUCUGGGCGCAGCGGAGCGCAGUCAGCACACCAAAUCGAUCAGAGUCUAUUAGCUUCAUUUUCCUCACGUGACAAACGUAUCUGAAGAGUCCUUGGAGUCGCUGGGAGAACCAGCCUUUUCCGGGAAAGCAGCAGUGCGUUGCCGGUUGUCCCGGGUUGCCCGCGUUACAGCGUGGCUGUUGG